AUGUCUCGUCCAGGGUCACCGCUCCAUUUCACGCACUACUCAUCCCGUCACGCACAGAACCUCGCCGCCAUAGUUAAUGGAGGCUUCAUCUGGACAUCGACCGACGCGGGCGCCACCUGGACAGAGCGAACCGCCGCUGGUUCCAGUAACUGGCAGUUCAUCGCGUCCUCGUCGGAUGGCACGAAACUUGCCGCCGUGGUCUAUUCCGGCUACAUCUCGACGUCAACCGACGGGGGCGUCACCUGGACAGAGCGAGCUGACGCUGGUUUCCGUGACUAUUACUCGAUCGCGUCCUCGUCCGAUGGCAUGAAACUUGCCGUUGUGGUGUAUGACGGCCCCAUUGGGACGUCGACAGACGCGGGCGUCACCUGGACGGAGCAAACCGCCGCUGGUUCCCGUAACUGGAUCUCGAUCGCAUCCUCAUCCGAUGGCAUGAACCUUGCCGCUAUGGUCUACCAGGGCUCCAUCUGGACGUCGACCGAUGCGGGCGUCAGCUGGACGGAGCAAACCGACCCUGGUUCACGUGACUGGCAGGCCAUCGCUUCCUCGUCGGAUGGCACGAAACUUGCUGCCGUGGUGUAUAAUGGCCCCAUCUAUACAUCCGCCGACGCGGGCGUCACCUGGACGGAGCAAACAGGCGCUGGCACACAUACCUGGUGGGCGAUCGCGUCCUCGUCCGAUGGCACGAACCUUGCCGCCGCGGUGGCUCAAGGUUCCAUCUGGACCUACGGAUAA